CGUCAUCGUUUACAUUGAAUCGCUCUGUCAUACUCUAUACUGGCAGGAGAGCGUGAGCACAAGUAAUUUUCAAGCGAAGGGAAAAGAAGAAGGAAAAAAAGUGCGCGCACACUAUAAAAUCAGACGACAAGAGGUAGUUAUGUCGACAAUGGCGAAAGGAAAACAUUGAAGGGUGCACGAGAACGACGACGACGACGGAAUAAAAAAAGAGAGAGAAACACAACGACAUAAAUAAUUCGGUGGGCCAGAGCUAAAGUAAUAAAGUGUCAAAAAGUGAUAUUAUUUUUUGUACGUUGUGUUUUUGGUUUGUGUCGAAUGGGAACAUCGAACAAAAAUUGUGUGCAUGAAAAAUAUUGAAUACAAAAAGAAAUACCAACAAAAGUAACGACGACCACGAUAUCUACGAUAAAAAAAAAUUGCAAGAAGCACACCAGUUUCUCGGCCAGGCGAUUGAUAGAGAAAUAAAUUAAGUGAGUGAGAAAAAGAGUGAGUGAGAUACAGAAGGAGAAUGUUAACAUUGUUAUUGUUUUCGCAUCUUGAAUAGAAAAUCUAGAACAUAUAUUUUAGCAUGACAGCUGCAGCUAUGGCUGCCGAUGCUAGUUAUGAUCCAGUUUUGUCAAAAUUAGUGACAUCAUUGAAAGAAGCUGAAAGUUUGUCCAGCGAACAGGAAUUACAUUUCCUGCAAAAUCUAUUGGAAUCAAAGGAAAUAAAUGCACUGGUGAAUGUACAUAGCAAAGUUGCAAAAGUGUGCAAAGAUAAUAAAUGUGCACCACUUAUGUCAAGCUCAAUACAGGUAGCAUUAGAUGUGUUGGAGCAUUUAUCACAGCGGUGCCAUAUUUCGCCAAUAUGCAAGGAAAUGUUUUAUUUAUUACAAAGACCUCAUGUUCAGAGUCUAUUGGCCACUCAUGAUGCAAUCGCACAGAAAGAUUUUUACCCACAUCUGCCUGAUAUCCCGAUAGAAGUGGACGAAGAUGAGGAAACUGUGAAAAUAGUACAAUUGGUGAAAAGCAAUGAACCACUGGUUGGAGCACAAAGUGCGGAGCCAAUAGUAGGUGCCACUAUUAAAACUGAUGAAGAAACCGGAAAAAUUAUCAUCGCUCGUAUCAUGCAUGGAGGUGCGGCCGAUCGAUCGGGUUUGAUACAUGUUGGUGAUGAAGUGAUUGAGGUGAACGGCAUUAAUGUUGAGGGGAAAACACCAAACGAUGUCCUAACUAUUUUGCAAAAUUCAGAGGGAACGAUUACAUUCAAAUUAGUGCCAUCAGACGGUAAAGGUGGACAGCGUGAAAGUAAAAUUCGUGUUCGUGCACAUUUUGAUUAUAAUCCUGAAAAUGAUCCGUAUAUACCAUGCAAAGAGGCUGGUUUGGGUUUCAUACGUGGUGAAAUUUUGCAUAUCGUUGGACAGGACGAUGGUUAUUGGUGGCAAGCACGAAAAGAGUGCGAACGAACGUCGAGAGCCGGUUUGAUACCGAGUAGGGCUUUACAGGAACGACGAAUUAUCUAUGAGCGUACACAAAAGGAAACGAACGGAGACACAAAAAGUUCAUGUGCAUCAAUCUGUUCGACACCACCCCCUUCACCUGAUUCAUCAAAUACAAUCACGUGUCGUGGACCAAAAACUAAAAAGAUUAUGUACAACCUAGAUGAAAAUGAUGAUUUCGAUCGAGAGCUCAUCGCCACAUACGAAGAAGUGUCAAAAUUGUAUCCACGACCCGGUGUUUAUCGGCCAAUUGUACUAAUUGGCGCACCUGGCGUUGGACGUAACGAACUGAAACGACGACUGGUUGCUCGUGAUCCAGAAAAAUAUCGUAGCCCAGUGCCAUAUACAACACGUGCAAUGCGACCUGGUGAAAUUCCGGGACGUGAAUAUUUAUUUGUAACGCGCGAUCGAAUGGAGACCGACGUAUCGGCCGGUAAAUUUAUCGAAAGUGGCGAAUACAAAGGUCAUUUGUAUGGCACAGCAGCGGAAAGUGUUAAAGCAAUUGUAAAUUCAGGACAUGUUUGUGUGCUUAGCCCACAUUAUCAAGCAAUUAAAUCGUUGCGCACACCACAAUUGAAGCCAUUCAUCAUUCAUAUUCGAACACCGCCAUUCAAUCGAUUGAAAGCGACACGAGAAGCAAAUCGAGCACGAUCAACAUUUGAUGAUUUAAAUUCGAGAGGUUUCACGGAUGAAGAAUUCAAUGAAAUGAUUCAUUCGGAUGAGCGCAUUAAUUUUUUGUAUGGACAUUUCUUCGAUGAAGAAAUUGUGAAUGACAAUUUGGCCACUGCCUUGGAACAAUUGUUGGUAUGCGUAGAACGUGCCGAAUCGGAGCCAUUAUGGGCACCAUCAUCAUGGGUGCAAUAAAAUCAAAUCGACCCUCAAUCAUCUCGCCGGUCAUCAAUGAAAUUAGUGUCCCAAAUUACCUCCGAAUAUUAUGAUAGCAUAAAGUCGAGUUGAAUUUAAAUAAAAAUUAUAUAUAUUAUAUAUAUACAUUAACUGUAAACGAAACUAAUUAAUUUUACCGAGCAACAAAGGCUGCUCAUCAUUUCAAUGAUCCCCUCCACUAAGAAAAUGAGAGAAAAAAAUGAACAUUUAAAAUUUACGUGCAAAAAGAGAUAUUUUUGUUGUAGUAUUUAAAAAUAUAUAUAUAUUUAUAGUUUUAAAAAAAAUAAAAGAAAUCUAAUUAAAGAAAAAACACAAAAAAAUUUGCAGAGAUAAAUGAUAUAAACAUUCGGCGCCGUUUGCAAUAUAAAAAAAUGUAGGCAUUUUGGCUAUUGUCAGAAACGAGCAGAGCUGGAGCUUCGUAUACACAGUUUGGAAAUAUUGAUUAAAUUUCAUUUAGAUACAAACUGUACAAAGGCAACAACUUAACAGACAGUUUUCAUUCACGUACUCUCGAUCUAAAAACAAUAUUUUUUAUCUAACCAAUUCUGUCAUGCUAAUUUUUCUCUCGCUCGGUGUAGAUUUAGACAUGGCCAAAAAAGGAGGUAAAUGGACAAUUUUCAAACAAAAAUAUGUUCCAAAAAUUGAACGAAUUCCCUUAAUAGAAAACCAAAUAAAAGACUAGACAGAGACUAGUCACCUUUAGCGGAAUUAUUUUAAGCCAUCCAAAAUGAAAUAAACAAAAAAAAAAAUCCCAGUAAACUGAUUAUAAUGAAAGCUUUACACCAAAUCAAUAAACUAUUUAAAAUGAUAAAAAUGAAGACGAAAAAUACACUCAGUUUUAAACUCAGACCAAGACAACAAAUAGAAAUAAUUAGAAUGGCAAAAUGAAUGCAAUUUGAGUUCAAGUUUAUUUUACACAUUAAUAAAAGCAUAUUGUACAUAAGUGUUCAAAUUG